AUGGCAAAUCCCGGUCACGGAGAUCAUUCGAAACAAGGUGGUGAUCACUCGAAACAAGGUGGUGAUCAGUCCAAACAAGGCGGUGAUCAGUCCAAACAAGCGGCUCGUAAGCAAGAGUUACAGCCACAUCCAAUAAUGGAGCAACUUUCUGGUGUUCAAUAUUGUGUUAAUAGCCCGCCCCCAUGGAAGGAUGCAGUGUUAUUAGGUUUCCAACAUUAUAUUUUGACACUUGGUACCACUGUCUUGAUACCUACCAUGACAGUUUCUCAAAUGGGUGGUGACAAUGCUGAGAAAGCCAAGGUGAUCCAAACACUGCUUUUUCUAUCAGGAUUCAACACAUUAAUGCAAACCCUGUUUGGUACUCGAUUACCAUCUGUUGUUAGCGGUUCAUACGCAUAUUUAAUCCCUGUUUUCUCCAUCAUUCGCGCCAAACGAUAUGAUACAUUCCACGAACCUCAUGAGAGAUUUGCGCAAACGAUGAGAGGCAUACAGGGUGCUCUUGUCGUUGCAUCGGCCCUCCAGACGACUCUUGGAUUUCUUGGCGUGUGGAGAAACAUUCUCAAGUAUCUUAGCCCUCUUUCAGUGGUUCCUCUUGUUACAUUUACUGGACUUGGGCUAUAUUAUCUUGCUUUUCCCAUGCUUGGAAAAUGUGUGGAAAUCGGGCUUGCGGAGUUGGUGUUGAUGGUCGUCUUCUCACAGUAUCUCCCUAAAUAUGUAACCAGCAAGAGGCCAAUAUAUGACCGCUACGCCGUGUUGUUUUCUGUUUUGGUUACAUGGGUGUGUGCGGGAGUUUUGACAUGGAGUGGCGCGUAUGUCAAAUCGAGAAAAACGUUAGACACUUGUCGUACCGAUAGUUCUGGACUUAUACAUGGAGCACCAUGGAUAUAUGUUCCUUAUCCAUUUCAAUGGGGCACCCCAACUUUUGAUGUAACAGAAGUAUUCAUGAUGGUAGUUGCUUCAUUCAUCUCUACAAUUGAGUCCACUGGUUCGUUUCUCGCAACAGCAAGAUAUGGGAGCGCGACUCCUGUGCCACCUUCUGUUUUAAGUCGCGGUAUUGGGUGGCUGGGAUUUGGGACUUUCAUUGGUAGCAUGUGUGGUACGGUAACCGGAUUUGCUGCAUCAGUUACGAAUAUGGUGAUUUGUAGGGAAAACUCUGGUGCAUUGGCAUUAACUAAAGUUGGAAGUCGACGCGUGAUUCAAAUAUCAGCUGCUUUCAUGAUCUUCUUUUCGGUCUUUGGAAAAUUUGGUGCUAUUUUCGCCUCCAUACCUUUGCCAAUCACUGCGGCUUUGUACUGCGUCUUUUUCGGUUGUGUUUCUUCUGCGGGUCUAGGUCACUUGCAGUUUUGUAACCUCAACAGUUUCAGGACCAAGUUCAUUUUAGGCUUGUCUUUCUCGAUCGGACUUUCGCUUCCACAGUUCUUCCGCGAAAAGUGGGUAGUGUCCGGUCACGGUCCGGUGCUCACACAUUCAAGAUGGAUCGACAACAUGGUAUGUGUGGUUAUGAUGUCACACGCAAGCGUCGCGUUAAUUAUCGCCAUGGUGCUCGACUGUACGCUUGAUCUUGUAGAAAAGGAGAAUGGGAAGGAUUGGUGGAUGAAGUUCGAGGAUUACAGUAAAGACGUUCGGUCGAAUGAGUUUUACAAACUUCCCUGGAAUCUUAACAAGUUUUUCCCAGCUCUUUAA